UGAGGAUCGGAUCACUCUGAACCUUUUGAUUUUUUGUGCACAUCCCCCAUCAAUUAACAGGGACGUCGGGCGGCUUUGGAGGUAAACCGGGGCAGAAGGAGAGUAGCAUAUCGAGGCACUGUGCGUUCACGCUUUAGAGACUAUAUCGCGGCGUCUUUCACGCACCAGUGCGAUAUGCUGUUCGCAACUUCAUCUUGACUACACUUUGGACAAUUCCGCGCCCUCCACCAAGAUGGUUGUAUCCAUAUUUCUUUACCCUGUACUGUACGGCUUGGAGCUGUUCCUUGCUUCGGCACUGAUAACGCAGAUUGCAGUGUCUCUUGCUGCUGUGGUCGUCUCCACCGUGACGAUUUAUUUCUGUAAGAAGCAACUGGUCUACUGGCACCAGGAGAGAGUUUUAAAGAGACGAGGUAGAUGGCAGAGCGAUGUCACUGUCAAGUCAUAUAAGAGGCAGCGGCAUGCAGACAACUCAGAAUCCUCUGAAGGUGAAUUGAGCGACUCUUCUCUGCUGCGCAGAUUACGAGCCGGUCUCCGGAGCAGAUCCCAUGAGCGUGUCAAAACGAAAGGUGGCCGUGAAAGCAGCGACAAGAGGAGCUCGAAGCUAUCUCCGCAGGUACCGGAAGAAGCCAAAAAGGACACUGCGGACUCUGGUAGUGUCCGACCAAAGCUGACUAAGCAGGUGGGAGCAAUGCAUCGCUCUCACUGGGUUGCCAAACCACAACAAAGCCUCCCGACCGUCCACCAAAGGAGCUCUGAGAGUGACACUGAGCUACGGGGAGGGGGCUGUGCACCUUCACCAGAUUGCAGCAUACAGGAAGAGCCGAUCAUCUCCGUAGCCACUGCACUAAUGAUGGGUCAGACGGGAAGUAAGACACAGAAGAGGUCUCGAGCCACAGCCCACAUGACCCUUAAGAAACAUCCUCGAUUUUCUUCCUCGGACUCGUCCUCUUCAGCAUCACCAGCUUCAUCUUCGGCCGAAUCUGAUGACCUCGUGCAUGGUGAACUGGCAGACAAGACCGAACCUCAUACGGAAACUUUACUCCCAACGAGACGAGUGCCUUCCAUCCAAGUCGAACCUAUUGUUGAAGAGAGAAUCAUUCCUAUCGGACCUUACGCUCCAUCUCAGCCUCCCCCAAGCAAGUUGAAGGAAUCGACGAGCAAAGAAAUAUCCAGGCUUGAGUUCUCCUUGGCAGUAGUUGGAUCAGACUCCCAUUGGCAUCCUAUUGAUGCAGCUUGUCAGUCAAACACCGUUAUGAUAUCACAAGAUGAGCCCUCACCAGCCGAAAGUGGUGCUGUUGCCAAAGAACAAGCAAUUAACGACAGUCCAGACAUUUCGAACGUGCCAUCAAUAUCUACAACUGAAGUUUUACCGGAUGAUAAAGUAACUACGGAGAAGCAAGACUCUUCUGCUCUGCAGGGGUUGCAACGACAUCGAAGGCAUAGCCUUGGUGUUCCUCCAGUAAUUGCAGGAGAAGAGGCUUAUCCGGAAGGUGUUGCAGAUUCAAGCGGCGAUCGCCAUACCCCGUUCGUUUGGGUAAGUGAAAUGGCUGUUGGCAGUUCUGAUAGGCCUCUGAUAUUAGGGCCGAGCGAGGGUUUGAGUGUGACCAGUGGAGCACAUUCUUUGCUGGCUGGAGAUGAAUCGGGAGUUGCGUCAUGCCAAGUGUCUACUCCGCCAUCUCUGCCAUCCACGGCUGGAGAUAAAAUGGAUGACAUUCAAGGCAAGAGAAUGCACAGUUUGGAUGUCCCUUCUACUAUUACAGGCGAGGUUUGCUUUCCACCAUUAAUGCUCAGUGGCUCUGAAGAACAAAUAGCUGACGAAGACCACAAAAAUAAUGGGCAAACUGCUUGUAUCCGAAAAAUCAUCAAAAUCAGACCAAAGAGUCUGGACAUCCCCCCUAUACUUCCUGCCCCGUGCUCAAAGAGCUCACAGAGUGCCCCACCCUCUCCACCUUGUAGUGCCGGCCACGGUGUCAAAAGAAAGCACACUGGUGCCAAAUCAAUCCUAAAGCGAAGCGGAAGCAUGGAAAGACCAGGCCGGAAGAAAUCAGUUUCGUUUUCCCCCGAGGUAUCUCCUCGUGAAUUCGAAGUGGAGAGGUGCUACGACCUCGAUCACGAGCGCAUGAACGCGCCUAAGAGACCUCGAGUGUUUCGCCACUUCAGCAUGGACAUUCCCGAUGCAAGAAUGGUGACCGAGGAUGACAUCUCGCUGUCCACUCCACGUCGAGCCUGGUCAGAAGGGGAUGCAGAGGACAGUGACUCUCCUGACUCGUCUUCCCCUGCCGCUGUCGACAGUGGUGACCUCUUAAGAGCUGAGGGGUGGGUUCAUCCGUCCCCUCUUGAACCUAUGCAGAUAGAGGGAUCUGACGCAAGGAUGGCUUUUGUACCUAUCUCAGCACUGGAGUCUGAAAGUGGGAGAAAGAGUGCCAAGGAGCGUUUCCUUGAAGCAGGAGGCGCCAAAGCUGUUUUGUCUGUGCUAUGUACCCAAGAUUCAAGUGAUUCAAACGGCAACAAAUACUCAUCGGUCACGGCAUCAGCUCCAAAUACCGGUACUGAUUCAUCGGUAAACGACGGGUCUGAAGAGGAUUCAAUGGAAACAAUGCCGGAUGUAGAUCAGUCGCUGUCGGUGACAGCUGAAGGCGACGACGAGCCUUCACAUGACCACAGCGCAGACCUGUCAGAAGAGGCCACAGUCCAGGAACUUCCAGACUUUAAAGGUAUCAAAUCACGCUUCUUAGAGUACGAAGAGGACAGUGCAGAUAUACACACGUCAAGAUUAUUCGUGCAGACAGUCCGAAGCUCUGUGGAGUCGGACUCAUCAGAUGAACAAGACAGGUCACAUUGUCAACAACUGGAGACAAAAGUUGACGGCAAGCUAGAUUGUACAUGUGAGGAUCAGAAAAAUCAGGCCACCAGCGCCAAGAGUCGCUUCUUACAAUCCUGUCAGCAUGCAGAUGGCAACAGUAAGGUCCAAAAUGGCUCCCGUUUUGUGGUUUCUGUGGUCCGGCCUUACAACUCCGGCUGUCACAAACAGGAUUCUCCUUCGAAUGAUUGUGGAGAAAGCAAAGAAGCCGAUGUGAAGCAAACGUGGAACCGAGAAGUGCCUGACAGCGGCAAUGCAAACACAUGGCGCAGUCUCUUAGCACACGAGCUUAGUGAAGACAUUGAGUUCUAUGAGAUGGAACCAAAGACGUCCAGGGAUGACAAACCCAUGAGUGUCUCGGGAACCGAUGAUCUAUCCUUACAACAAAGCGGAAUAAAGCCCUCCGACUCUAUUGAGGUAGUCCAUGGCACUGGGCGGACUGUCAAACAAUCUGAACGUCAACACAGUGACUCUUACUCAGCCGGAACGUCGCUACAAUAUUCGCCCACUUACAGUGAAAAUGCGGCCGUCGUCAUAGACAACGGAUCGGAAGUGCUUAAAGUCGGCUUUAGUGGCGACAUUGAGCCAAGAUACACCAUCCCGUCGGUCGUUGGGAGGUACGCUGGAGGCGAUGUGACAAAUCCAGCCGAUUUGUGCAGAGCUUCGUACGUCGGCCACGAUGCAACGAGACGGGCUGGUUUAAUGUCCUUUUACUAUCCAUUAACGGAGGGUAUUGUUCACAACUGGGAGGACUUGGAGCAAAUCUGGAAUUAUGUGUUUACGUCACUCUUGAAUGUUGCACCUCAAGAACAUCCCAUACUCCUCAGUGAGUAUGCAUCCACGACCAAGAGGCAGCGAGAGAAGUUGGUUGAGAUAUUAUUUGAAAAACUACAAGUGCCUUCGCUGUGCCUGGUCAACCAAGGUGCCUUAGCUCUUCAUGCCCAGGGGGACACCUCGGGCAUCGUGCUGAGUAGCGGAGGAGGUCUGACUGAAGUAGUCCCCGUGCUGGAUGGUUACACCAUGCAUUAUGCUGUCACAACGCUGAAAGUCGCCGGCAGCCAAGUUACCAACUAUCUUGGCCGUUUACUCCAACCGGACAGUGACUACAAUCUGACGUCACCCUCUCAACUGGACAUCCUCAAAAAUAUCAAAGAAACUAUGGCGUACGUCUGCAUGGACUAUGAAAGAGAGAUGGAACGAAUCAGCCGUCUCGAUUCAUCAGAGUACAAGCUACCUGACGGUAGUUCCCUUACGGUAAAAUGCAAACAUCUCUUCCGAUGCACUGAACAACUCUUCAAACCAGAUUUUAGUGGCUUGGAGCAACAGGCGGGUAUACACGACAUGAUUCAGGAAACACUGAAAAGGUGCGAUCCAACAGUCUUGGCUGGCAUCGGCAAAUCUCUCCUUCUUUCAGGAGGAAACACACAACUCAAAGGCUUCGGUGAUCGCGUGCAGCUAGAGCUAGCUUCAGCCCACAUGCCCUGGUCCGUGUCCAUGCCUCAGGAGCGAACCAACAGUGUCUGGAUCGGUGGUUCGGUCGUGGCAACACACGACGGCUUUUGGGGGCGGUGUGUCUCCGCCAGGGAUUAUGCUGAACACGGAGCAGCUGUGAUCCAUCCUAAGUGCUUUUAAAAAACCUUGAAGUACAUAUCGGAUGCUUGGGUCGGACAAAGUGGAAAAACUCUUUUAGAAAUAGGGCGAUCUAGCCCCUGUCGUGGUCAGCAUCGUCUGACGUACACGCAUUUCCAUAAUUUGCCCUCUCCCAAUGGAGCCUUACCUGAAUUGAAAUUUGUUGAAACAGCAAGCAGAUAUCCCUUUUUCGAACCGAUGCAGAGGCAUCCGUUGGUAACAUGCUUCUCAGUUUAUUAGUGGUACUUAUGAACAGAUCAAAGCUCUUCGUGUGCCUUUUAUAGUAGAGCAGUUUCACAGAUGUCACAAAUUUCCUGCAAACGUCUCGGAUCUUGAAAUUCGGCGUAAGCUGUUCCCGACACAGACAAGGUAAAAGUGGAACAGUAACCAUAAGAUUCAGACGCGGCAUAAUAUCAAAGAUGGCGGACUGUACACUACUGAGAGUGAUGUGACGAAGGAGUUAUUGUCAUUAUUAUACGUAGGCCUUGUUUUAGUGAUGAAUGCCUGAUUUCUUUUGGCAUUUGAAAUUCUGUGAAUCGUAACCAAACUAGUAAUAACAUCAGGCGAAAUCUGGCAAGAAGUUCAUGAAACUGUACCGACAAUAAGCCAGUUCGUAAUUACGAACUGUGCAUACGCGAAUGAAAUUUUGCAAAGGUCAUUUGUGCAUAAACGAAAUCAUUUACGUAUAGCUUGUGUGUGCGCAAAUGGGUUGCAUUUGAUACGGACGAUCGCCGUUUAAGAAGAUGCUGAAAUAGGGAGGAUGCUGACGACGAAGUAGGGAGGAACCAAGAACAAUAUGAACAUUCUGUUAAUCUACAAUCCCAUACGGUCAUUUAAAAAACUAACACUGAAUAGUGUCCCAAAAUAAACUUUUCUGUAACUUUUAUGGAAAGGAGAUGAGUAAGAUUUCUAUACAAAUGUCACCAGUUUUCCCCUGUAGUGCCUUAUUAGUCCUCAGAAAGUAAUUACAUAUCCUAAAAAGUCACAUUUAGCUGUGAGAAAAUCAAUAAUUUUUUGGAAAACAGAAUUUUUCAGAGCAGUCUCAUAAGGGUUGUGCACAUAUCUUUAAGAUACGAUAAAAUUAAGUGAAAAUGGAAGAAAACAAAUUUUAAAUACGUACGAGUUUAAACUGUCAGGUAAUUUCAUACAAAGUUUGGUGACGUGUUAAUUAAUCCAAGUAUAGCAUGUGGAAUAUGUUGUUGUUAAAGAAUCUUUCAAUCAGGCCAAGGCCAGAGACAAAUUUCAUCAAUUGAAAUAUUUUGCUUACUUUCAUCCAUGGUAAAAAAAAAAUUAAUCAAAGAAUUGAUCAAAAUCGAAGCUCUGGCUGAAUCGCGCACCCAACAAUCACUACACUAACCAGCGAAUGUCACAAGAGGGCGCCCGCUCAGGACUCACGGUGAAGCGAUUUGUUUUACGUACAAAUGACCCUUGCCCUACUUUCCAUUGUAAAGUACAUGCAGUAAAUACAAACUGGCUUAUUCUAAAAGCUGGUCUGUUGAAACGAAUCUAUUUUGUACGCACUAGUAUGAAUGUUUCAAAGAUUCAAGGAUACCGGCUCAGCAGGAUCAAUAUUGUAAAUAACAGAAACUACUUUUUAGAAAACUGGGAGUCUGAAUUUUUAAGUGUAUUUAAUAGUUUGGGUGUAAAGCUGUAAUAGAAAAAUACAAAAACGCUUUGUCGCAAAGACGAAGAUUGGCAGGCUCCAACAUAGCCAGGCAAAGUGACUGAUAUAUCUAUAAAUAAUUGAAGUAUGUAUCUAGUCAAAAAUUGAAAUCAAAACCGUAGUUUAUACAUAAUCAGGGCUCAAUACUAUUUAUGGUCACUGUACAGAACCCGCGUGCCUUCUUUCCUAAUACCUGCAGUGUGUGGACAUUGUACUUUCCAUUUUUCAAAAUAUAACUAAAAAUAGAAGUAGUCAAGGCACCGAAAGUGGCUUGGGUUGGCACCAUUGAAUGUUCAGAAUUCUACAAGGGAUCUGAAGCGUUGCUAAGGCGCAGAGUGACAGAAUGCAGUGAGUUCAGUUGAAGAAGUUAAAAGCGAUAUCUCUACGCUGGUGGAAGCAAGAUGUUGGGACGGUAAAAGCGUUGGAUUGUAAAUGCAAAGUUGGGGCGGUGAAAAUAGAUCAUAAAAGCAAAACUUGAAUUGUGAUAAUCAGUGGCAGAACCACAGCGAACAAUAUGUUACAAAAGUUUCCCAAAUUAUAGCAAAUUGUAGCUGUUACGUUCAAACGUAAGUUUGUAAUUGAACCUGAAUGGAACGAGGAUUCUAUUUUGUCAUAGACAAACAACCCUCUUGAGGACUUUCUCCAAGACGCCACUGCUUUGAGUGUUGUGUUAUAGUGAAAGAGAUAAUCAUAAGUCUUGUAAAAUAAAUGUCCCUUUGCAAACCCAAAUUAAACGAGUCAUUCCCAAAUCUACAUAAUAUGUUUGUGACUUUAAGUUUAACAAUUUCCCAGUGCCUAAAAGUCAAAAACGAGUGCCUGAAAUUUUGGUAUUUAAAAAAAAUCGUUUUGUCCUUUUUAGGGCCUAUAUCGCAAUACCUAAGGACCUCUUUACUUUUUCAGCAUCUAUAUUUUCUAAAGACGUUUACAAAUCAUAGAAGUUUUAUCGUAUUUUUGAUAUGCGUCUACCACACAAUGAUCCAUUAUUGAGGAAUGUUCACUGUUUUGGAGUGAUAAUUAUCUUAUAAUCUUCGUAAGGUUUCUAUGCAGUGGCUAGGGGGAGGGGGUUACCCGCUCUCUCCGUGACACUUUGCCGGUUUUGUGCGCUAACCUUACAUACCUAGUAUGGACUCGUGAAGAAAAUUACAGAUGUACACACGAUGCCGGAAGAAAAGACGUUCGAGUAGACUUACCCAUGUCCACAGGACGUUUGUCCUUUUGUAAAAAGGGGUUUAGAGGCAUUUGGGGGCUAUGUUAAUCCGUCGUAAAGGGAGGAGGACAUUUUUGAAAAGAUUCGGCUGAAGUUCAAAGAAAAAUUGAGUAUUUUCACCGAGUUUUCUUAACUGCACGAGCACAGUAGGUAUGGGAGGUAAACGUGUAUUUGUGUGCGUUUUAUUUUGUUUUUAAAAUGCUAUCAAUUUAGAAAUGGUAUAACCAGCUCUCCCAGGGGAUUAUUUCACGGAUGACAACAAAUAUGGACCAUUGGUCUUGGAAAAUACGCAACACUUUAAGACGCCACUUUUUCUGCAGCAUGUCUAUCCCCUAUUCCAUUUCUAAUCUAGAACUUUACCGUGAGUGAUGGAUCCGUGUCGUGAUGGCUAAAAAAAGUUAUGUAUACAGGGCAAAGACAACCAAGGUGCAUAAUUACAACAUUAUGAGAGUGGUGAAACACCAUCCAUCUGUAAGUCAUGACCAUUGUGUUAUUACAAGCUUUAUUGCUCGAGAUGGUGAAGGGGUGAAAUUCAGGAAUGUCACGCUGACCAAAAUGCUGUAGCUAAUUAUAGCCUGUCCAAUGUACAUUCGUCUUCAAAAUUCCAAACUGUUGUCCAUUAAUUUUUACAAACGCUCAUGCCGGAAGUUUAUGUUUGUGUUCUUCAUGUAACGUUUUGGGAAAUUACCAGGAGCUUUACUGGCUUACGCUUACUUACAUCAUAAUGCAUUUACGGCAGAACGAGAGUGUAUAACUGCGCCAAGAUUUGCUUACCUACAGCCGAUGAGUUCCAGAUUCAGUCGGGAUGGCCUCAUACAACUCUUGUCCGUCAACAACGAUAGGCAUUAGAAUUUUUCGUAAAUGCUCUCCCUUCAAAUUUAUUUCUAAAAAUUAUAAAUCAUGCAACUUAAUUUUGAUCUCGUGUUCUGUUACCAAAUUACAACAAAAUAGUUUGAGAUGUUAGUUUUUGGCACUAGUCCUCUUACAGUCUGGCAUUUGUUCACUUUCAGUAAAUAACAAAACAGUAAUUUACAGGGGUGAUCGGUGCUUUUGGCAGUGAUAUUUUAAAGAAGCAAAUGAGUUAAAAACUGAUUACAAAUUCUUAACUGUUUUCACAUUAUUUUUCCUAAUCAAGGGUUCCGGGAGCGUGUCACCUGGCAUUAGUUUUCAGGCUCUGUUUCUACCUCUUCUAAUAAAGUUUUUUUUUUUUUAAUGGAAGAACUUGGUUUGAAGGCAAGGGGUCUUUGUCAAAAAUGAAAAACACCGAUGUCUCCCUUUAAUGGUCUGGUCUUACGAUCGUUCGGAGAACCACAUUUUUAAUCAGACAAUGCACUGUUCCCAGCAAUAAAGGAAGGGUAAUCCACAAAAUACAAUCUUUUUCGAUUUGAUUGCAAUCAUUUAUUUCAAACCUUUCAUGAUUAUUAUGGAAUCCACGUUACACAAAGUCCAACUUAUGGUACUUUUUACUUGGCAAGUUGGUGUGUUAAAAAUAGCUUUUCAGCACAGUAGCAUUUAUUCUAUCCCACCUUUGUAAAUGUGUAUGCAUAUUUUGUAGGAUGUUCAAUCAACCUGUAUUUAUAGGUGUGUGAAAUGCAAUAAAGGUGUUCACAUUUAUGGCUCAUA